CAACCAAGGCCAGUUAUUCAGACGCAGUCUGCACUCAUUGCUGCCUCCGCCACUCCCACCGCACUUCCUAAUUCUUCGAGUAACUCCGUUUCAACUUCAGGAUCAGCCAGUCAGGUUAAGCGGCACAGUUUGGUGGCAAUAUCCUUGCCAUCGGGCGCAUCGAAGGCUAUUCAUUUUCCGGAUCAGAUACAACCCGGCUCUGUGGCUACUUCGGGCCAUCUCCAGCCCUCGAAGGCCGCUCAAUCGCAUCAUAUUUUAUCGCCGUACCAACACCAACAUUCGCAUCCUAUUCCUCAUCCUCCCCAUCGUCUCAUCUCUAGCCAAGUUCAGCCUCAAAUAGCCCAGACCCAGGCUCCAGCUAUUCAACAACAACAACAUCAAGCUAUUGCUUCAGAUACAAAACAGCCCUCUUCACCAUCACUAACUUCAGCGUCUUCGCUCACGCCUGGAGUGAUCUCAUCAUCACCACACCAGCAUCACCCUCAUCAUCAUAUCCAUAAUCACCCACAGCAUCAUUCUCAUCAGCAGGCAAGGCAUCUUCGCCACCAGCCAGCACCACAGAUUUCAUCCAGUUGCUGCUUGCCGCCUGAAAUGGAGUGCCUUCCUCUCGAGGAGCAAAGGUAA